AUGAAAACAUCUCAGAAAAAACACUGGCCUCUUUUAUAUCAAAGAACAGUAUGCAAUUUUUUUUCUCGAUUUAAUAUUAAUACGGACUUUUUGAAUGAUGAUCCGAGCACAUGGGACACUCAAAUUAGUUAUUUACACGGGAAAGAAAGUGCAUGCUCGCUAAAUGUAGUAAAUGAUACAGCGGAAAGAGCAGUUAAACUUAUGGAAGAUUUUCACGGAACCUUAACCAAAGAUGAUAAGAAGUCUGGGUUGCUAUUACAAUGUAUACAAGAACACAGAAGACUAUAUCCUGAUUGUAAAAAGGAGACAUUGAAAAAAAAAAUUUAAUUAAUAAAAAUGUAUAAUAAUAUUUUAAGAAAAUAGUACUUUCACACUCAAAAGUCAAUAUAUCAUUUAAAUUAUAAUAAAUAAGAAGAAGUA